AUGGCUCCGAUAACCAUCCUCGCCGUCCUCGCCGGCUGCAGCCUCGUGGGUUCGUUCUCUCUCAUCGGCUGCCCGCACACACUCGCCGUCCGCGCCACCCGCGGUCGGCGACUGCGGCCGACGCCGCUGCGCGCGCUCGUGAUGCGUCAGCUAUACCCCGUGGGCGCGCCGCUCACCACUGGGAACCUCGCCGUCUCCUCCGUGCACACGCUCUACUACGAGCUGCACGGCAAGGCGGACGGCGUUCCGGCGCUCUUUCUGCAUGGCGGCCCUGGCGCCGGCUGCGCGCGGCGGCACGCCGGGUUCUUCGACCCGACCCACUACCGGGUCGUCCUCUUCGACCAGCGCGGGUGCGGCAAGUCGACGCCUCGCGGCUCCUUGGAGGGCAACGACACGCCCAGCCUGGUCGCCGAUUGCGAGGCGCUGCGCAGGCACCUCGGCAUCGAAACGUGGGACCUCGUCCUCGGCGGGUCGUGGGGCGUCACCCUCGCCCUGGCGCACCCGACCAAGGUGAGCGCCCUGGUGCUGCGCGCCGUCUGCCUGAUGCGCACCAAGGAGGUGCUCUGGCUCUUUGGCGACCGCGGCAUCGGGCGGCUCCCCCCCGGCGGCCUCCACGCCUCCUCCGGAUGA